GAGUCUUUCAUAAUUGCCUAGUCGUUUGAUUCGAGAAACCACGGUAGAAAUAGACAGAAGUGCGGUGCCUCGGCCUUAUGUUGGUCAGCAGUUUCCCUUGCCAAGAUGUGGCUGGUGUCCCCCAACGGGGUAUCGCACUAGGCGGAACUGGGCGUGGAGAGACAAGACAGUGGCACAGGGACAGGCCAUAGGCCACAGCACAGGCACGCACGCUGCCGCAAAGCGAAUGGGUCUUGCCUCUCCGCUGACUCCCGUCCCUGAUCACGACGACCACGACUUUGCCUCACUAUUCCACCGAGCGAGGGCAAGAACAAACCUCGACCGAUAUACAAUCCCUCCCUUUUUCCCGCUCUGUGCAGCAGGAGGCCCCCCCUUUGUUUGCGAGAGACAGAGAGCAUCGACGCCGAUUUUUGCCUCCCGCUUGGGAUCACGCCUUUGAGCAGCCUUGACCGCACCUCCAUCCAAUAGGUAUAGCCCGCAGCGUCGCCGACCGCCAUCCGAUUUUCUCAGUCUCCCGCCGACCGCCCCAACAUCCCCGCCCCGCGACUCCAGCAAACAAACCUGGAACGGCAGCAACCCGAGUCUCGAGAGCCACAUCAUGAUAGCCUACUUGUAGUGCUGUCACAAAUUAGGUUUCUGGUGGGGUGGGACGCGUUGGAAACACCAACGGUCGUGGCUGGUACGCGUUGGAAACCGCCAGAUUUCAUCCCAUUCACUCUCUCAAAUUUUCCUCUCACUUUACGAAGCCUGCCCCCAAGCUGCUCGGACUUGAAAUACCCACACGCUCUUCCUUGAGCCUAUUGCAUAUCGCCUACCUUAUCUUGUCCCUCCCUCUCCUUCCCAUCGCCCACGCCAUCCCGCACACACAGCGACCAUGAGCUCUCCAGCCGCCUCCAACGGCAUGGAUGUUCGACGACCUCGAUCUAGCCAUAAGGUGUCUAUGACCUGGGAGGAGGAUGAGGUCACUUCUCGCCGGAGGAUGCAGUUUGCCGAGGAGUGCAUCGAGACCAAGACUGUAACCACCACGACCACGACCAAGAGGUCCUAUCCGUCCCUGUUUGUUCGUGAGCCACGGAGCUUGCAGUCGCUCGACUCAAAAGAAUACCCCCUCGCCGCCAGACAAACCCCGCCUGAACUCCGAAAGUUGACGUUUGAUGUUGACGACCACGAUAUCGAGGGCUGGGCUGGGGAGGACAGCAUAAAUACCCAGGUGCGACGUUCACAAAGUAUUGACUAUGCCAACAUCGUCAAAUCUGAACCUGGCGUGGAGAGCCUCUUGGACAUCUCCACUGUUCGCUCUCAGGAUGUGACCGAGUCCAGCCCGCGCAGAUCACGGAGGUCGGCCGCCCACACAGCUUCACCCAGUAACGCACCCGCCGCCGGAAGAAGCUCACAGAGGGCUCACAAGCACGCCGGCCUCCCUAACGCCGCAUCAGAUAAGCUUCGGCGCGCCGUAGCACAUGGAUCUCGUGCGAACAGGGGUCUUCGACACCCUUCCGCCUUUUUAGCCACCCCGGAUACCAGCGAGCUUGCUGCCCUUGGCAUGGACCGACCCUCGCGCCUGAGAGCCUUGAAUACUGACAAUAUCGAGUCCGGCACCAGCCAGUCAACUUCCAUCUUUGAUACCGGCAGUCCGGCUGGCAGUGAAUCGCAAACCAUUUUCAGCAAUGUGGCCACCCCGCCCAUCACCGAUGCCGAUCUCGAACCCUACGAGGAUGCCAUCAACCCCUUUCAACCAAGAGGAAACAUCAACAACGUUGCGGUCCAAGAUGCCAGCCUCCCAAGUCCACGUCUGUCCCCCACGUUGGCCGCCGCCCAGCCUCAAACAGACGUUCCCGAUGAAGACGCAGCCCCUGAUGCCGAUGCUUCCUUUUCUUCCGAGGUAACUCGCACUGAUCGGAGACGGUGGAUCGAUGAUACCCAGACCACGGAAGGUGACUCGAUGGUCAUGUCACCCAUGCAGUUCAGCUCUGGUGGACAAUCACAGGUCAUGGGCUCACAGGCUUCUCAGUUUGUCGACCCACGCACCCUAAUUGAAGGCUUUGAGGUGCUCCCCAACGAGUUCAAGACGUGGAUUAUGUAUCAGUUCUUGCGAAGAUGCAGCCGGAAGACGCUACGUGUGGUAGCUGAUGUGGUGAACCCGGCCCUUAAGUGCGACUUUCUCCGACAACUACCCCUCGAGCUCAGCCUUCACAUCCUCUCCUAUCUCGAUCACCGAGACCUUUGCCGUGUGGCCCAGGUAUCCAAGCACUGGCGCCAUAUUGCCGACAGCAACGAGACAGGGUGGAAGGAGCUUUUUGACCAUGAUGGAUUCACCCUAUCACCAGGAGAGUUGGAUCGCGCCAUUAAGCAAGGCUGGGGUUGGCAGGAUCCUGUCGGGUAUGAUGGUUGUGAGCUUGAUUUGAGCCAUCAAAAUAGACUGACAUUGAGUGAAAACGAACUCGUCCGGUCGGUGGUCAAAACAGAAAAGCAGGAGACGCCUGUUCAAAAGUCAACUAGGACGUCCAAGCGGAAGCGUGGGCUGAAUCAUAUCGGCGCUGAUAGAGCCAAGCGGCGUGCUGGGGCCCAAGAGUUUAGGGAUGAUAGGACUUCCCCGGUUCCCAAGACGCACAAAUCCGAAGGGCCCAUCUCAGCUGCCAACGCCGCCGCUAUUGCCGUCCCGGAUCCUCAGAUCGGUCUUCCCAGCUUGCGGCACCUCCAUUUGUUCAAGUCGCUUUACCGGAGGCACUACAUGAUCAAAAACAGCUGGAUGAACGGCAAGGUCAGGCCCGAGCAUGUCGCCUUUGCUGCCCACCCACGCCACGUCAUCACUUGCCUCCAAUUUGACGAAGACAAGAUCAUCACUGGGAGCGACGACACCUUGAUUCACGUCUAUGACACCAAGACGGGCGAGCUCCGCACCAAGCUCGAAGGUCACGAAGGUGGUGUCUGGGCGCUGCAGUACGAGGGCAACACACUGGUGUCGGGCAGCACGGACCGAUCGGUUCGUGUUUGGGACAUCAAGAAGGGCAUCUGCACUCAGACCUUCUACGGCCACACCAGUACUGUGCGCUGUUUGCAAAUUUUGAUGCCUGCAGAGACGGGAGCGAUGGAGAAUGGAAAGCCGGUCAUGAUGCCCCAGAAGCCCUUGAUAAUCACAGGUUCCCGAGACAGUCAGCUGCGGAUUUGGCGGUUGCCCGAGGCGGGCUCUCGCCGAUACAUUCAGACGGGCCCUCCGGCUAGUGACGAUCAGUGCCCGUAUUUUAUUCGUAUCCUCGGCGGGCACACUCACUCGGUCCGCGCCAUCUCAGCUCAUGCUGACACCUUGGUCUCUGGGAGUUACGACAGCACUGUCAGGGUCUGGAAAAUCAGCACGGGAGAGCAACUGCAUGUCCUGCAGGGUCACAGUCAAAAAGUAUAUUCGGUAGUUCUCGAUCACAAGCGCAACCGCUGCAUUUCGGGCUCGAUGGACUCCAUGGUCAAGAUCUGGGACCUUGCCACGGGGGCGUGCCUGCACACCUUGGAGGGCCACAGUUUGCUGGUGGGACUUCUCGACCUGCGGGACGACUGGUUGGUCUCAGCCGCAGCAGACAGCACUCUGAGAAUCUGGGACCCCGAAUCUGGCCGAUGCAAGCGGACGCUCGUGGCACAUACUGGAGCUAUCACCUGCUUUCAACACGACGGCGCCAAGGUCAUUUCGGGCAGUGAGAAGAACGUCAAGAUGUGGUCUAUUGAUAAUGGUGAUUUGGUUCAAGAUCUCUUGACAGAUCUGAGCGGAGUGUGGCAGGUCAAGUUUGAUGACCGGAGAUGCGUGGCUGCCGUCCAGCGAGGAAAUCUGACAUAUAUCGAGAUUCUUGACUUUGGUGCAGUCCGCGAUGGCAGGCCGCCAGAGGAGCUCGGCAGACGUAAGCUCCUGAACGAAGGAGAGGUUCAACGCCUGCUUGCCGAAGAAGCUGCGUAGGAGUCGCCAUCAUCGGAGGAAGCAUAAAGAGAACGAAGGGCGGAGAAGGCAUCACAAAUCUUGGGACCCGCCAAUGGGUCUAUUAAUGACACGACACGACAAAUAUUUGAGGGGCAAAAGUUUCGCAACGGGACAGCAAACAAAGCAUUUUCUUCUUCAUGAUACCGCCAUCCGUCAGCCAGCCUUUUUUUUCUUUCCUAUUUACAGCAUCGUCAGCGUGGCAGCGGAAGCGGCAACAAACUGGGCAGGCGAUAUCAGAGUGUUUUUCUUCUUGUUCUCUUAUCAUCAGGGGUUAAAGUUGCUGUUUGGCUUUUUUCCCUUUUAUCUGUCUCAUUGGCGUUGUCUCUAUCUAUUAAGUUUAUUUGGGGAAGGAGGGAGCGAUUUGGGAGUAUUAUAGUCUACCCCCUUGAUGGGAUGGGCGUCAUUGGUCUGCAGUGUGGGAACAAAUAACAAGGGCAUUGCUUUUUGAGUUUUUACAGUAUCAUUUUGCUUGUUGAAGGGGUGCGGGGGCUCUUAGCA